AAAUGAAUAUUUUUGAAAUUCACAUAGUGGGCUAUAUUCUAUUAUAAAAGGGAGCGAAAGCCAAGAGAAUUGUACCAAAAGAAAAGAAAAAAAAAAAACUGAAAAGAAACUAAAACCCCCUCCUCCAAGAACAAGAACUCUGCAAUUAUCAAAAAAACGAUGCUGUUCAAUUUCGUCGUCAACGAUAUGCGCACUCUGAUAAACGCAGCCACCGCAGUAGGGAUGGUGGAUACAAUGGCGGAUGUAACAUUUUCACCGGAAAUGUUAUGCAUAAUGGCGGAUUCAUAUGUUUCAAUUAAAGCCGCCAUCGGCAUUCAACUUUGGCCUCCAUUCUUCGAUCAUUACUUCUGCAUCAACAACCUUCAGCGUUCUUGGUUUUACCUCACCAAGAUUUUCCCUCUUACCCUAGAAUUACUAGAUUCUGGUUACACUUCUUUCACUUUCUCUAUCAUUGAGCCUUACGAAGAACGCGCCAAACUCAAAUUCGAAGGUCCUAAUGGGCUUCUUCAUGAAAUUGAAUUCAAAUUGUAUUAUUCUCAUCACCCCUUGUACGUCGGCGAAUUUGAUCUCUCUGUUUUUGUUUCCUUGGAUUCUCAAGAAUUCUCCAGCAUUGUCGAUGAAUAUCAUAUGUUUGAUUAUGUUCAUGUUACUAUAACGAGCACACGAGUGACAUUCUCUUAUGCCAUUGUGCAAGAGACAAUUCUUACCCCACAGGAUGGACAAUGCUUGAUUGGAGGUGUUAGAGCACCAAAUCAAAUUCAAUUCAUAAUCACUUUGGCUCCAGCAGAAGUUUUCUAUCAUAUUGCAGGUGAAGCUAAGAGGAUAUGGUUCUUCAAGGCAUUUAAUUCCACCAAAGGUGUAAUUACUGCACCUAUUGGAUUGAAUGGUCGACUUGUAGCUUUUUUCUGUGAUGUAUUUGCAGAAUCUACAUAAUAAUCACAUAUAAUACCAAAUUUUGUCGUUCUAGAUU